ACUAUAUUAAAACCAAGGCUCCCCAUACAUGUAUAUUUCUUCUACUUGUAAAAAGAAAAUAAUUUCAUUUUGAUCUAAAGUUUUAAAAUCAAUCCAAAAUGUCCACUAAAAUUACUUAUGUAGAUCCAUUUUACAAUCUCUCUUACAAUCAAAUUAUUUCUAAAAAAUCCAACUCUUUAUAUUCAAGAAGAUCAUAUAUUCAUUUUAACAAGAUCAAUAAACCUCUCAAUUUCCUCAUUUCCAAUGCAAAAAUUGGAAUAUUCAUUGUUAGGUGCAAUUCAGCCAAUAGUAUUGGAUCUGAUGCUUCACCUCCUGGAAACUCUUCAUCUUUAGGAUGGAAAAAAUGGUUGUUGGGAUUUCUUCUUCCUAUGUUACUACCUGCAUUCAAGAACAAAGUCAGCCCUUUACAACUACUCAAAAGUAAUGUGGAUAAAGCAAUAGAAACAGUGGAAACUAUGAGUGAGAUAGUGGAAGAGGUAGCUGAGGAAGUAGAAAAGAUUGCUGAAGAAGUUGAAAAGAAACUUCCUGGGGAUUCUAAGCUAAAAGAAAGUCUUGAUUCAAUAGAAAAUUUAGCUCAAGGGGCUGUCAAAUAUGCCAACCAAGCUCAAGAUCUCAUUCACAAGGUCAGUAUCGAGACGAAUUCAGAAUUUCAAGUUUAUACUUUUUAUAAUAAUUUAUAUCAAUUGAUAACUAACUUCAAAUUUUAAUAUUUAAUGAAUAUUUCAUACACUGUUCUCUAGAUCCACAAUUCCUAUCCUAUAAUUCCCUUUUAGAAUUUUUGCACUAAGAUGAAUUUAGAGAGGCAUUGCAUGAAGAGACACUUCACAUUUUACUAUAUCAAAAAUACUUUUUUGCUCAAUAAAUUAAUAGCAAUUGUUUAAUUGUCAUUAAAUAUGUCAUUUUAAAGACAAUCAGCACUCUUUGUAAAUAUCCUUUAAAUAUAUAGCGGCACUAGAUUCAGUGUCAGCUAACAAAUGCCGAUAAAAUAUUUAACAGACUUUAUUAAUGUAUAUGUUUAUUGCCACUAAAAUUGUUAUGACAUUCGUACUUUAAAC